AUGCACCCAGCAGCCGGUAUCUUUCCCCCGGACGAGGAGCCCCUGAUCGAGGAGCCCUUGGUGAACAGAUACAGCCAGCAAAAGCCAAACGACCGCUUACACGGGGCCUACAUUAUUUUUUUCCUCCUGGGCAUCGGGUCCCUGCUGCCCUGGAAUUUUUUCAUCACGGCAAAGCACUACUGGAUGUACAAGCUGCAAAACUGCUCAGAUCAGGCAGGCCCGGCAGGACAGGCAGCGUCUGAUCUGCGGGACUUUUUUGAGAGUUACAUUUCCAUCGCUUCGACUGUGCCCUCGUUGCUGUGCCUGAUUGGAAACUUCUUGCUCGUCAAUAAGGUGCCCGCCAGCAUCCGGAUCUUGUCCUCCCUCUUCAUCAUGCUGGCCGUCUUCCUGGUGAUCACGGUGCUGGUGAAGGUCGACACCUCUGCCUGGACCACCCCCUUCUUUGCCCUCACCGUCGGCUGCAUGGUCAUUGUCAGCAGCGCCUCGACCGUCUUCACCAGCAGCAUCUUCGGUCUGAGCAGCAACUUCCCCAUGAAGAACUUGCAGGCGCUGAUCUCGGGUCAGGCCAUGGGUGGCACGAUCAGUGCCAUCGCCUCCGUGAUAGACCUGACGGCAGCAGCUGACGUUACGGACAGUGCCCUGGCCUACUUCCUCACCGCUGACAUCUUCAUCAUCAUCUGCAUCAUGGUGUACCUCCUCCUACCCAGGCUGGAGUACUCCAGGCAUUACAUGAGCAGCCAGAAGGAGAGCCCACCUCUGUCCGCCGUGCCACCCAACAGCUCCGCAGAGGACGAGGCAGAGCCAGGAGGCACCACAAAUACCUCCUUCCUCGCAAAAAGUACUGGCAUUCCCCCGCUCCGCCCCAUCCUGCAGAAGACUGCCCUCCUCGGCUUCUGCCUCUUCUAUGUCUUCUUCAUCUCCAUCAUCAUCUUCCCUUCUCUCUCUUCCAACAUCGAGUCGGUCAGCAAGUCCUCAGGAAGCCUGUGGAGCACCAAGUACUUUGCGCCACUCACCAGUUUCCUCCUGUACAACUUCGCUGACUGGUGUGGGAGGCAGAUCACUGCCUGGAUCCAGGCACCCGGCCCCAAGAGCAAGCUGCUGCCCGCCCUCGUCCUCCUCAGGACCAUCUUCCUCCCUCUCUUCAUCCUCAGCAACUACCAACCUCGGGCUCACAUCUGGAUGGUGGUCUUCAACCAAGAUGUCUACCCGGUGGUCUUCACGGCACUGCUGGGGCUGAGCAACGGCUACCUGGGGACACUGGUCAUCAUCUACGGCCCCAAGAUCGUGCCAAAAGAGCUGGCUGAGGCAGCGGGGGUGGUGAUGACAUUCUACCUCAUGCUGGGGCUGGCUGUGGGGUCUGCCUGCUCUGUUCUCAUUGUCCACCUUGUGUAG